CCUGCCCCGGGCCGGGCCCAGCAGCUCCCUUCGGCCGCAGCCAGGACCCUCCUCCCGCCCCCUGCCCGGGCCCGCCCCUUCCUCUUCCCCUUCCUCUUCCUCCUCCUCUACCCGGACCGGGAGCGGAGCGAGUGUGCGGGGCGGGGGGCUGCGGGGCGGGGCCGGGCCGCCAGGGCGAGGGGCGGCUGUGCUGUGCUGUGUCCUUGCCCGCAGACCUGCGCCCAGGCCGUGGCCCUGGCCGAGGGGGUUCAGCUGGGGCAGGACGAGGACGAGACGCUCCAGGUCACAGUGAGUGUGAAGGCCGAGGAGGUGUCCUCAGACAAGAUGCAGCUCGUGGGGACAUUGCAGGACCCUGGUGCUUCCUGGCCGGCGCAACCGAGGACCCGUGGUGUGGAUGGCCCUGUGGAGGAGUGGGGAGAGAGGGAAACCCUGGGGCCUGGGGACAAGCUACCUCGUGUCCCCAAAGAGGAGCCCUUGCCCCAGCAGGAGUCAGAUGUGCCCAACCCCGAGGAGCCCUGGGAGUUGUCAGCAGACAACAGCUGCUCAGGCUGGUGCCCCAGACGAGGCCCUUCCCCAGGAGCAGGUGCUGGCACCCUGAGCAGAGCGGAGCAGCAGCUUCCUGAGGAGGGUCCUGGAAACCUGGAUCUGCAGAGGACUUCCCUGGGGAGACCGGAGGAGAGGAGCUCCCUGACACCUGAGCCGGGCCAAGUGCAGAGAGGGCAGGGCAGGCCUCCAGAGCAGGAGGAGAGCUGGGAGGUCCGGGAGGUGUUUGAGGACGUAGCCAUGUAUUUCUCACGGAAGGAGUGGGAGCUGCUGGAAGAUGACGACAAGGUGCUUUACCGGGACCAGAUGCUGAAGAAUUACCAAGCCCUUGUUUCCCAGGGAUAUGGAGGUCCCACACCUGACUUAAUCUGCCGCAUCCAGCGAGGAGAGGUGGAGCUGUGGGUCUGUGAUGAUGAGGAUGGCGGGGAAACCUCAAGGUUGGAGGACCUGCUGUCAGGAGGUGCCUGGCUGCUGCACAGAGCUGAGAAGCAGCCUCCUGCGGAAGGACCUGCAGACCUGGAGCCAGCAUGGACUUCCCCAGGGAGUUUGGGCGAGAUGGACACCCCGAGACCAGAUAAGGACCAAUGGCACAAGAGUCAGGGGAGGCCCCAAAAGGAAAGGGAGAAUGGAGCAGUGAACCAGGUACCAUCUGCAGUUGGGUGUGAGAGUGGAGAAGGGGCAGAGCCCGGACAGAGCCCUGGGUGCAGAGAAGAAGUGGAGCUGGGAGAGCUGAAGAGCCCCUGGAAAGAGGCACUGCAUCCGGAUGAAAGCCGUGGGGAGGGUGUCAGGGGGAAGCAGGAGCUCACGGGCAGGCACAGGGGCAGAGCCCACCCCUGCCCUGAGGUCAGAAAAACCUUUAAUAGCCCCUCACCCCUGGCUCUACACAAGAUGAGGCAUACUGGCAAGAAGCCCCAUGUGUGUGCCAAAUGUGGGAAGAGCUUCACCUGGUCCUCCCACCUGAUCCGGCACCAGUUCACGCACACAGAGGAGAAGCCGUAUCGGUGCUCAGAGUGUGGGAAGAGCUUCACCUGCUCCUCCAACCUGAUCCGGCACCAGAUGAUCCACACAGGGGAGAAGCCAUAUCGGUGCUCAGAGUGUGGGAAGAGCUUCACCUGCUCCUCCCACCUGGUCCAGCACCAGAUGAUCCACACAGGGGAGAAGCCACAUCGGUGCUCAGAGUGUGGGAAGAGCUUCACCCGCUCCUCCCACCUGGUCCACCACCAGAUGAUCCACACAGGGGAGAAGCCACAUCAGUGCUCAGAGUGUGGGAAGAGCUUCAUCCAGUCCUCCCACCUGACCCAGCAUCGGUUCAUCCACACCCGGAAGCAUCCAUAGUUUUGGGGGCAAUGCAGGAAAGUGUUUGGGUAUGUCCACCUGAUCAGUGGUCACCAGUGGCUGCCUUGAGGCAAGCAGCCUCGUGCUGGUGGACUGCAGCAAGAGGUCACCCAGCCUCGGCCAUUCUAUGGACCUGCAGACCCCACAGGAGCCAGAGUCUGGUCCCAAGGUUUGAUGGGGGGAGGGCUAAGAGGAAAUACCUGAGGCAGAGGCCAGUCUAGAUGCUGGAAGAACUGGUGGGGGGAUCCCUUUGCAUCAGCCUUGUAGCCUGUGUCUGUGCCAUCAUUCUCUAAAAGUGACCUAUGCUUCAAGGGGGAGAAGAAGUGGCUCCAAAAUAGGGUGCCUGUCCAAAACAACUUGCUCCAAAAGACACCCAGGGACUGUCCUUGCCAGCUCCCACCUUCCUCCUCCAUCCUGGCCCCCGGGAUUCUGGUAUGUCAGGCACCAGAGUUGCAGGAAGGAGGACAUUUAUGGCUGGGGAAGUAUUUCCUGCCCUCUGCCCUGACCUCACCUCUCCUCCCCACUGCAUCACCCCUCCCUAGACCUGCACAUGCCCAUCGUGGUCUGUAAGGAGCUCAGCUGCCACCCCUGAGUCCAACGUGGCAGGUUUUGCUUCUCAGCCCCUCUUCUGUGGUUUUUUUAGCUCUUGGGUGCUGGAGGUGCCAUGUCCUGCUGUCAACUCUGCAGGAUCACACCUUGCUGACGAAUCUGCUUAGUUUUUAUACUGUUUCUUCAAGGCAUUUUGCUUGAUGGUUGGCCUAUUUCAGUCUGAACAAAACAGGGAGGAAAAGGUUGAUUAUCGUAUCACAACUCUUAAUUGCCGGGCUCCUGCUCUUGAUUGUCUAGGUUUAAAGACUGUAUCUGUGGCCCCUGUAAUAAUGGGUCAGUCACAGAUGAUGGGCUUUGAGUGUCCGACAGGAUACUUAGAGGUGUCACCACCAAACCUGUUUUGGGGUGCUUGUAUAUCAAUGGGGAGCUUGUACUGGUGGUUGUCUAUUUAACAAACUGCAGACAUGCAGUGAAUGGCUUGGACAUGUCUAACACCUUAGAGUGACAUUGGGUUCCUGGUUUGAGCAAUGUGAGACUGUCGGGGACAGAACAUCCUCCCUGUAUUCAGUGUACCUUUUCCAGGUUUCUUUUGAGAUGCAUAUAUAGCCUUUUGUUUCCUUUGGCUGCUAGGUCAAUUGAAAUGCAUAUGUGGUUUCCUUGCCUUCACUGGCUCACCUUUCUUUAAAGGGCUUUCUGAGGUACACACAUGUGAUGAGCACAUCGGGUCUCUGCCAACAAUUUCAACCACUUUUAUUAUGGUAUGGCUUGGGUCUGGUAUUGGGUACUGCAAGCACUCCCCUGUCUCAAUGCCUAAUGGGUUACAAGCCAUUAGCGGAGUUUGAUUUUCUCGUGGCAGUCUUGUUACCACAGUUCAGUCUUGCCCCAGCCACUGUCCUGCACUUUUAUUUUAUGUCCAAGCUUUCACAGUUUUCAUAUUUCAUUGUUGUUGAAUGUGUAAGUGGCUGUGCAGGUUGGGGGCAACACAUAUAGGUGAGGGGGUGUAUGUCAAAGGAAGUGAAAUCCUCACCACCCCUUUCCAAGAGGGGAGCAUGGCUGCAGAUCAGUUAAGGUCACGUGAUAUGUCUUCACAAGGCCUGACUUCAGGCCUCCUUCCCAAAUACAGUUCCCACUAUUUUUGUGACGUAGACUUAUGGAGAAGAGGAUGGUGUGUUACAGAAGUAGAUGCAUAAGCAUUUGUGGUCAGUGCCCCGACCAGGGUGGAAUAGGAGCAGAAGGAGGCACCAAAAUGUGUCUGGCCCCGUGUGGGGAUGCAGGCAGCCUCUCUUGCUGUGAAGAGAGAGGCCAAAUGGCUGCUUGUGUCCCAAUGCAGCUCCAGCAAGUGCCUAAUGACAUGGGAAAGUGCAGGUGGGACCCUGCUGAUGAGGUCAGACCUCCACUUACACCCAUGGCCACAGCCAUCCUAGGCUCCAUGUUGUAUUGGAUCAUGGCAUUCCCCCGGGAGGAAUAAAGCCAGGAGAUGUUCUCUUUUCAUAGUUUCAUCGUAGCUAGGGUCAGGAGGGACCUGGACAGAUCAUCGAGCCUGACCCCCUGCCACAGGCAGGAAUGAAUGCUGGGUUCACAAGACCCCAGACAGGUGAUCGGCCAACCUCCUCUUGAAUUUGCCCAAGGUCGGGGCGAGGACCACUUCCCUGGGAAGCUGGUUCCAGAUUUUGGCCACCCUAACUGUAUCAUAUUGCCUCCUGAUCUCUAACCUAAAUCUAUUCUCCAUCAGCUUAUGACCAUUGUUCCUCGUCACCCCAGGUAGUGCUGGGGAGAAAUGAGCUCUGCCUGUUUGCUGUUGAUCUCCCCGAUGAGCUUGUAGGCCACCAGGUUCUCCUCUUAGCCUCCUCUUGCUGAGGCUGAACAGGUUCAGGUCCCUCAGUCUCUCCUCGUAGGGCCUGUCCUGCUGCCCUCUCACCAAGCAGGUGGCCCUCCUCUGAACCCUCUCCAGGCUGCCACAUCCCUUUUGAACUGCGGCGCCCAGUACUGGAUGCAGUACUCCAACUGUGGCUUGAGCCAAUUCGCAUAGAGGGGGAGCAUCACCUCUCUGGACCGGCUUGAGGUGUAUCUUUGGAUGCAUGACAAGGUAUGGCUGGCCUUGCUGGCUGCGGUCUGGCAUUAACAGCUCAUGUUCAUCUUGGAGCCAAUAAUGACUCCAAGAUCCCUUUCCGCCUCUGUGCUUUCAAGAAGGGAGCUCCCCAGCCUGUAUGUGUGCUGUGGAUUCCUUCUCCCAAGGUGCAGCACCCUCCAUUCGUCUACGUUAAACCUCAUCCUAUUCUCAUCAGCCCACUUUUGUAGUCUGUCCAAAUCUAGUUGAGGCCUCUCCCUCCCUUCCAGUGUGUCCACCUUGCCCCACAUCUUAGUGUCAUCAGGAAAUUUAAACAGCGUGCUUUCCACCCCCUCGUCCAGGUUGCUGAUGAAGAUGUUAAACAGUGCGGGCCUGAGUACCGAGCCGUGGGGAACCCCGCUGCUCACAUCUCGCUAGGUUGAGUACAACCCGUCCACCACUACUCUCUGGGUGCGCCCCAUCAGCCAAUUUUUAACCUAUCCAACUGUGCAGGCACCAAUGCCACAGUCGCUUUAUUUAUUGAGGAUGGGCUGAGAGGCAGUGUCAAAGGCCUUCUUAAAGUCUAGAAAGACUAGGACCACGGCAACACCAUCAUUUAAGGAUUUAGUUACUUGGUCGUAAAAGGCAAUCAGGUUGGUCAGGCAGGACCUGCCCUUGCUGAACCCAUGCUGAUUGCCCCUGGGCAUGAUCUCCCCUGCAGGCCCCCCACAAAUAUGAUCCUUGAUGAUUCUCUCCAAGAUCUUCCCGAGCCCUGAGGUGAGGCUUACAGGCCUAUAGUUAACUUGGAUCCUCCUUUCUCCCCUUCUUGAAAAUUGGGACCAUAUUAGCCAGCUUCCAAUCCCCUGGCACCUGGCCAAAUGUCCAUGAUUCCUCAGGCAGCUGGGCCAAGGGCUUCGCGAGGACCCAUGGCAGCUCCCUCAACACCCUUGGGUGGAGGGCAUCUGGACCUGCAGAUUUAAAAAUGUCCAGCCCUUCCAGAAGAUCCCUAUCUACAUCUGUGCUGACUGAAGGCCUGACAGAGCAAUGCCCGAGAUUGCCCCUACCUCUGGUAGGUGGGAUGUCCUGGUCCCUGUUCAAGAAAACGGGCAAAGGAACUCUUAGAAAUAUCAGCUUUCUUGUCUGGUGUAGCCACAAGAUUACCGUUUGCGUCUUGCAGGGGCCCUACAUUGCCUGGUGUCCUCUUCUUGCUCCCAAUAUACUUGAAAAAGGAUUUUUUGUUGGAAGAAGUUCCCACCACAAACCAGUAUCCUCAGACCACGGCUGAUGCCAGUCGGUCAGUUUGAAAAACAUCAACCUCAAGUGAGGGUUUAGGGUUACACGGGACAUGGGAAAGUGAGCUCCCCUUUUCCUCAGGAAUGUCUCCAGCCCAGGGCAGCUCAGUGGUAAAGGAAGCAGAUGCAGGGAGGGGCUGCCUGCUUCCAGCAGUGGGGCAGAGUGGGGGGUGAUUUCUCCACAGCCUUCACCUCUGCCCCUGUGCUAGCCCAUCCAGACCCCGUAUCACUUGUGGUAGAACUGGAUGCAUCCAGCACUGUAAUAGGUCUGGGCCUCUCCCAAAAGCAAGGCCCAGACCAAAUCCUGGAUCCCUGCAUCUUCUUUUUUCUUAAUCCCACCCCAGAACAAAAGAACUCUUGAACUGUCCUGUGAACUCAUGGGCAUGAGACUAGCUUUUGGGAUGUGGUGGCAAGAGCCAUGAUACAAAGUACAGGUUCUUACAGAUUACAAAAAGUUAGUUGCCAACCUGCAUCCCUAGAAACUAGCCCGAAAAGGAACCCCCCGACACCUCCGGAAGUCUCCCCUAAUCACCCUUUGUAAAAUGAGAAAUUUUACAACCUUUGUAUUCUCCCUUGCUGGAGGAAGGGCACAUGAGCUCAAAAGCUUGCAACUAAAGAUUUUUGUUUGCUUGUUUUUGUUUUUGCAACUGUGUAGCUGGUAGCUAAAAAUUUUUUUUUUCUUUCAACUGUCUAGCUGGUCCAAUAAAAGAUAUUGCCUCUA